AUGGCCCGCACCAAGCGCGAAGCCCGCCGAGCGCCCAACUCCAUCGCUCAACAUCGUCGCGACAUCGCGGCCUACUACGCGGGGCUUGUCCAGGACAAGAACACACCGGCUCGUCGCCAUGCACUCGCGUACUCCUCGCUGCCUGAGGAGACGCCCAUUCCAGUCGGUUUCAUGGGCCAGGUCAUCAAGGAAGCGCAGAAGUCACCGCAGACGCGCGAACUAGAUGAGUUCAACCGUCUCGUCGCCGCUCGCCUGGAGAACAGGGAGACAUCGGUUGAACGGGCCUUGUUGAAUCUCCUCCUCGACCGCGAAGCCAAGAUAGAGCAAGAAAAGCUCGAGCAGGCGGCUGCGACUGAGGCAAAGAAGCAGCAGUGGGUCCUCGACGGACAACGUCGUCACCAGGGCAUCUUGUCCGCUGGCGGCGACCCUGUCUGGACUAGACGUCAUCUCAACAGGGCCUUUCUGGGCUACGGCGACAAGUCAGAUUCCGACUCUGACAGCGUCUUGAGUCCUUCUGAGAGCGACAUCGACGACCCCGACUCGGGUCGUAUUCGGAAAGACCCUCCGGUCGCGGGCAAACAGCCUGCUGUCGGUGAUACGUCGACUCCCACUCCUGAGGUGGUCAAAGAAGAGGCCAAGACCAAGAUCGCCGACGCCAUCUCGACCCUCACGUUCGAGAAGGGAUCAGACUGCCCCCUGUGGAUCGGCCACCUCGAAAAGCCGCUCCCACACCCCUCUCUGACACCGCUUCAGAACGAACACGUUCUGAAGCGUCUGUACCACGACGAGAUCGCGCGUCUGAGCGCCCUCCGCGACACCCGUGGCCCUCCCGCUGGACACCCUCCGGGCGGAGACUGGAUGUAUACAUCCUUGUAUGGUGAGACGAAGCAGGUCAAGGAGGAGGCGGCUGGAAGUCACCGGGCUGCUGCGAGAGGCUGGUGGACGUAUAGUGUAGAUGGUGAGGAUUUGGAGGAGGUUUGGGAGAAGUGGCCGGUUGGCCUUGAUGGGACGCCGGUGGGCUGGAGGAGGGUGAAUUGGAAGGAUGGGACGGUGGGGACUUCUCUGGUGAGGAACUGGUUGGAGAGGGAGUUGUGGGCGAUGCCCGAGGAGGAUGCGAUGGAAGGAGUUGAGUUUGAGUAG